UGCCUGCAAUGGGACUACCGGAGAAAGCCAAAAGCGGCCAUUUGAAGAAGGAUUUAAGAUGAAAUCAGAGAAGAUUCCCAACCUGCAACUAUGCCUCGAUCCUUGAAGGAACCGCUUUGGAGAGGUAUAAAGCCAGAGUUGUAGCAUCGAUGAAGCCAGAGAUUGAUUCGCUUGCGAUCAUGUUGCGAAUCGUGAGGUCAAUUAUGGAGAUAAUCGAAGCAUAUUUGAAUUUCCGAUUGUUAAUUUCUUUCGACCCACAGAUAGUAGCUCACACUCUGCCAAGGCCAAAAGAACCAAUCUUCUUCUGCAAUUGAAGCCAGCUUCGAUGAGGAUAAGUGUUGCUUCAAGAGGGAUACCAAAUCGUGAAUUUCUAUUAUCGAGCAGGAACUUCCGGAUGUUCCCAAAGGGAGACCAGUUAUCACUCCAGAAUCUACAGUUUUCUGAAAACUGUAGAACCCUUGUCUCGAUUUCUUCUUCCCCCAAGAAGAAAAUUUGAAUCAAGCCGUCCAGACAAAAGAAAAAGAAAUGGAUACGAACAACCGUACCUUCUGGAUGGAGUUUUCAUCGCGUGGAUAUAGCAUUAGUGAAGACGGGACCAAGUUCUGCGAAAUAGAACCUCCCGAUGUGAACUCUUUUGGCGUGUGGGAGAAGCAACUAUUCGGGAGUCGUGUCGGGCUGCCGAUAUGGGACUACAAUCUUCCCCUUCUCGAGGCCGUAAUCGUCCUCGUACUCUGCUUAUGGCACUUUUUCUAUUUCUUGCUGAAGAAGAUACGUCUUCCGGUUCCAAAGAUCACCUGCAUGAUGCUUGCCGGUGCAGCGUUGAGCCAGACGAGUCUUUUGCCGAAUGACUGGUUGAUCCAACGCAUUUUGUUCCCGGAUGAUCUUAGGCCGAAACUCCCUGAGACGCUAGGUGGGUUUGCCUUUGUAUUUUAUUGGUUCCUAGAAGGUGUUAAAAUGGAUGUUGGGAUGAUUAAGAGGACAGGUUCUAAAGCGGUAGUAACCGGAAUCGUCACCGUUCUUUUCCCCAUUAUCACGGCUAACAUCGUGUUCGGAUCUCUAAGAGAAACCGGUGGGAAAAACUUGACAGGAGUUGAGUACAGAACAAUAAUUUUCAUGCAGAGCAUCUCUGCCUUCACUGGUAUCUCAAGGCUUAUAAGGGAUCUGAAAAUUGACCACUCAGAGUUCGGUAGGAUCGUGCUCUCGUCGGCUAUGGUGGCCGAUGCAACUAGCUUUGGUGUUAAUAUAUUUGCCCUAGUGGCCUGGUCUGACUGGAGGGUUUCCGCGGUGCAAGGCGUGGGACUUGUGGGAUAUGUCGUAGUGGUGAUUUGGGUAGUGAGACCUGUGAUGUUUUGGGUGAUCAGACGGACACCGGAGGAGAGACCGGUGAAGGAAUGGGUCAUCUACUUCAUCAUCAUUUUUGUUUUCUUUUCUUACGAAUAUUUGAAGAUGCUUCACUUGUUUCCGGCGGUUGGACCUUUUAUCUUGGGUUUGUGUGUGCCUCACGGUCCUCCUUUAGGCUCUGCAUUGAUACAAAAAUUUGAAACCUUUAACACUGGAAUCCUUUUGCCACUUUUCUUGUUCUUCCCAAUGCUGCAAAUCGAUGGGCCUUGGUUAGUUUACGAGAUCCGUCAGCUACGGAAUUACGAUGGUCAGUUGUACGAAGCCUUGACCAUCAUCGUCGUCGUCUCCGCGGCCAAGAUUUUCUUCUCAACUAUUCCUCCAUUGCUAGCCAAAAUGCCUCUAACUGACUCUUUCGUUAUGGCACUCAUUCUCAGCAACAAAGGAUUCGUUGAGAUGUGUUAUUUUAUGUAUGCCGUUGAAAGAAAAACUUUUCAUGUGAAGUCCUUCACAACAAUGGCUCUAAUGAUUCUACUGAGCUCUACGAUAUUGCCGGUGGCGAUACAUUACCUAUAUGAUGCGUCGAAGCGAUUCACUUGUUUCCAGAAGAGGAAUCUAAUGAGCUUGAAGCUUGGAUCAGAGCUUAGGUUUCUAGUGUGCAUUCACAAAGCAGACCACAUCGCAGGGAUGAUCAACCUUCUGGGAAAAUCUUUCCCUCUACAAGACUCUUCGCUCGCUUGCUACGUACUUCAUCUCGUCGAGCUUGUUGGUUUGGACAAUCCACUCUUCAUCUCCCACCAGAUGCAAAAGCCUGAACCGGGAAUCCGGUCUUAUUCAACCAACGUUCUCAUUGCUUUUGAUAACUUCAAACUUUACUGGAAAUCUUUAACGCUGGAAUUGUUCACAUCAAUCUCAAACCCGAAGUACAUGCACCAAGAGAUUUACUCGCUAGCUCUUGACAAACAAGCUUCUUUUAUCAUGCUCCCUUUCCACAGAAUAUGGUCCCUCGACCAGACAACGGUUGUCUCAGACGAUAUAACGCGUAGACACGUUAACAUCAGUGUCUUGAGACAAGCACCUUGCUCCGUGGGGAUCUUUGUCCAUCGCCAAAACAUGCUAUCUACGCAGAAGAGCAAACCUGCAUUUAAGGUAUGCUCAAUUUUUGUGGGUGGGAAAGACGACAGAGAAGCCUUGGCAUUGGGGAAACAAAUGAUGAGAAACCAGAAAGUGAGACUAACGGUGUUGAGGCUAGUCCCAGGGACAAUGACCGGUAUGACCACAGGGUGGGACCAGAUGCUGGACACGGCAGAGAUUAAGGAGACCAUGAGGAACAAUAACACAACACUGGGAGGAGAACAUAAUUUUGUUGAAUAUGUGGAGGAGACUGUUAACGACGGUUCCGACACAUCAAGAAUCCUUCUCUCAAUGGCUAAUGCUUUUGAUUUAUUCGUGGUUGGGAAGAGCACCGGAAUGGGGACUGAUGUGACGAGAGCACUGAGUGAUUGGACUGAGUUUGAUGAGUUAGGUACCAUCGGAGAUUUGUUGGUGUCUUCAGAGUUUCCCCAUAGAGGAUCGGUGUUGGUGGUGCAACAACAACAAAAUGUAGCUUGUAGAUAAUGCUACAUUGAUUUUGUUAUUUUUCUUUAUUCAGUACUUAUAAGAAGAUACCAAAGUAGGAAUACACUUGUCACACAUGACAAUAUGUAGCCCCAAAUCUAAUACAAGAUGAAGU